UAUAUUCUUGCUUAAUUGCUUAGCUUCUUCAAUUCAUCGUCAACACUGAUUUUGAGAGUAUACAUUUUAAUUUCCAGUUAUAUAUUAUAUAUAAUCUCCAUGGAAGCCGAUGAUAUGAGUCUUCGGGUGGCUUCAUUUUCUUGCUACCUCAACAACCCAGAAGAGAGCUUGGUGCAGAGGAUCGCCGGAGGAUCGUCUGAAGAUCUCCAGCGGCCGGACGCUCCGUUUCCGGUUAGAGCUAGAGCGUCGCCUAAUAAGCCAUCGUCGAACGUUAAGAUCCCGAAAGGCGCAGCCAUGGAUGGUAGUAAAGAUCACAAGGUUAAGGUUAGUACUGCUUCCGAUCACGGCGCCGGCGAGUCAUUUUCUUCUGCUUAUGUUAGGACGCCGGAAAACAACAAUAAUAACAGCGGUUUUGCGUUCAAGACUGCCGCCUCCGGCCCGGUUGAAGAUCCUACAGUUUCGUUCGUAUUUCCGGCGGCGGCGAAACAUCUGGAAAGAAGGAUCGUCGGAAAAUCAAGAAAUGACGGGGAAAUCAGCAUCUUCGAAGCUGAUAAGUAUUUCAACAUGAAACUGGAUCAGAAAUUGGAUUUAGCCUACACUACAGCUCCGAUUCGAUCAGGGAAGGUUAAUAAGAACAAGAACGAUGAAAUCCCAGCCGUGGAAUCUCCAUGCACAAAACCAAAAUCAAAAUCCAGCAACGUUAGCGUCUCCUCGGAGCCAAGCAGUUUUGGUAGCAAGGCCGGUUUGCUGCAUAAAUCGAAACCGAGAAAAGCGGGUAUUAUUCGGAGGAGCUUUUUCGGUCGUUUGGGGUGUCAGGGCCGCUGUCUAGACAAGAAAGCUGUUGUCAUUGAUGAUCAUGGAUCAAAACAGGCGGCGGAAGAUUCUUUUUCUUCCCAGAAACAUUCUGCGGGGAAUACCUCAAAAAGGGAAGAACAUCAUGCGACGACAAAGCAAGAAGAAGCAGUAGAAGAGCAAAGAAAAUCGUUAGAAGUGUUUGGGGCUCAUAAAACCAGAAAAGGAUCGGGAGAUGUAGCCGUUAACUUGGAGAGAAAGCUGUCGGUGUUAACCUGGGACGCCAUUCCCAAUUCCACGACCGCUUGCGCUGCAACGGAUAUUCAUCCUAUAGCACAUACAACAACAACAAGCAACACAAUCUACGACGACAUGGCUAGUGAUGCGAGCUCCGACUUAUUCGAAAUCGAAAACAUAUCCGACAGCGCCCGACACGGUUUAAUGUUAGCUUCCCAGACGAACACGUCCGGCUGCGCCUCCCCGAUCACUCACUACGCGCCCAGCGAGGCCAGCAUCACGUGGAGCGUCGUCACGGCGGGCGUGGCCGACCACUCCUCCGUAAUCUCAGACUACGACGAAAACACUGUCAGCAUUAAAACCAACAAAUUUAAGGAUGUAACGGGAAAACCGUCGACAAAACCCCGUUUUACUGGGCUUUUGGGAUGCAAUAACAGCCAUGGGACCCUGAAUAUAUCCGAAACUGCGCACAACACCGGCGGCGAUCGGAGAAAGCUAGGAAAGUCUAUACAUAAUUGUCAUUCGCCAGACGAUUUCUCAUCUCCAUGCAUGACCUGAUGAUGAGCAGAAACGUUAGUUCGGAGUCCCAUACUCCUAAUGUUGUCGGACUUGACAAAUAGCUAGAUUAGUAGUUAAUUAGUAACAAUUGCAAAAUAAUUGAACCAAAAACAUUUAGUUUGUAUUAUAUAUUUAUUUAUGUUUUUAGAGUUAUUUAAUUAUUCGGGAUGCAUGAUAUCUUUAUUGAGUAAUUAAUACUUUACUCCGAUUUUUAAAA